AUGACAAUUCCCAAAGAGAUCCCUCUCUUUCUAUUCACUUACAAUUGCAACAAACGAGAGCUUAAUCAUGACCUCUUUAUUCAAAAGGUGGUAGAGUCAUUUCCAACUGAUUUGGCUGCUCUCUAUGUGUUUGGAUUGGAAGAACUCUGUCCCAUUUUGGAUGGCAGCUUCCACGAUAUUGCUCACAAACAUAUGAUUCGCUUUAAUGAAGUGUUUCUUCACUCGCUAAGAAAGAAAUAUGGACACAACGAUCAUCGAUUCCAAACCAUUGCCAUGCACCAUAUUGGAGCUACGGGGCUUAUAGUGAUUACACCUUUCCCACUGAAGUUUCAUUCUAUAAAAAAAGCUCAAUCCAGCUGUGGGAGUGGCUAUUCAUCUCUAAAGGGAGCAGCUGGGGUCAGAUUGACAUAUGCUCCCGAUGGCAAAUAUGCUAAUGAUAAUAGUGUACAAUUGACAUUUGCCAAUGCGCAUCUCUCUGCUUAUGAAGGUGAGUUCUAUUAUCGCCGCAGAAACGAUAAUGUGACCACAAUAAUGAGAUCUCUCGAUUUCGGCGAUGGAUACGGUCUCUUGAAGGAUGGGAGUCAUACAUUCUUCAUGGGUGACUUGAACUACAGAACCACCAAGAAUUUUGACCCAACCUCAGAUGCAAAUAAAAGGCUCAUAUCGUUGCUGGAUCAGUCGUUAGUUACAAAUGAAUCUGUUGAAGAAUUGGUUAAAGAUUGUGACGAAUUGACAUGGGCCAUUGAAAACGGUCAAAUAUUCACUGGUUUCACUGAGGCUUGUAUCGACUUCCAGCCCACCUACAAGUACCACGUUAAUACUGCUGUAUACAACUCUAAGAGAUCGCCAUCAUGGUGUGACAGAAUCUUGUACCAAAUGACAUAUGAAGACUCAGACGAUGAAGACCAGGUAGUAAUGCUACGUUUACGUAAAGAUUCCAAUUCUCAGAACAAACGCAAACGCCUUCCGAUUAUUCAUGAAUACAACAGUAUCAAAAGUCUACUUCAAUCGGAUCACCAACCGGUCUUUUUGCAUAUCACGGUGCCUUUCACAGCGCCCAAAUCUAUUGUAUCUUCGUCGGGCUAUUUGCAAAUAUUGCCUAACGAAAAUGCGAAUAGGCACUUGCACCAUAAUGAAGUCAACGUGGAUGAUGCUGAUGAGCCAAUAGGUGGUCCUACCCAGAUAUAUAUGAGGCCCACCAAGUACGAUUACAUUAUCCAGAACUACGUUCGUCUUGUACCAGAUUUUUUGAUAGGCUACGGGCUCUGGUUCACAAUCACACGUACCGGAAGGUUGAUAUUGUUGGUAUUGGCUUUGGUGUUAGGAGGAGCCUAUCGCUAUUUGGUAUAG